UGAUUGGAGCUAACGCCAUUGAUUGCAGCUGUAUUUGACAUCAAUAACAGAGGGAACAACGGCAUGUUUCUUGAUUAAUCACCUGAAAAUAAAGGCAAACCGGUGAUUAACGGACUUGACGACAAAACAUCUACAUUUCUUGGCAACUGCUUUACCGCUAGCUAACGUUACGAGGCAACAUGGGGCGAAUCUUCUUGGAUCACAUCGGUGGGACUCGCCUCUUCUCUUGCGCAAACUGUGACACGAUUCUGACCAACCGAACUGAACUCAUCUCCACGCGUUUCACUGGAGCCACUGGACGAGCUUUCCUGUUCAACAAGGUUGUGAAUCUGCAGCACAGCGAGGUACAGGACAGAGUCAUGCUGACAGGAAGACACAUGGUGCGGGACGUCAGCUGCAAGAACUGCAACAGCAAGCUGGGCUGGAUGUACGAAUACGCCACUGAGGAAAGCCAGCGCUACAAGGAGGGCCGUAUCAUCCUGGAGAGGGCGCUGGUGAGGGAGAGCGAGGGCUUCGAGCAUGUUCCCUCUGAUAACUGUUGAGUUCACCUUUGUUGCAGUUACAAUGCUCCAUUUAAAGCUUUGCCUCCAGCAGCAGUGCAUGGACCGUGUGCCAUUUGUGGUAGAGCUACACCGAAAAUAAUAUCACAAGCUGUGGUCUUUGUGAGAGUACAAACAAGAAGUGGUGGAUGUUUUCCCGUCAUUUAUAACAUCUAAGAAUCUCUUCUCUGAUGGGUAAUACCAUUGAUUCUCAUUUAAAAUCACCUGCCGUUUCAAUGUGUUACCAGCUGGCUGUGAUGUUCAAACAAGGUGUUGUGGUGCUUUCAGAGAGAGAGGAUUCGCUCCUGCUGCCCUGCAAGAUGUCCAGACAGAUGGACAGAUUGUUAUGUGGAGGUUUGAAUAGCCAUUAAAGGAAUUGGUCAAUUCUCAACAUAAGAUUUAGUCAUAGUUCCUUUCCUGACCAGUUAUAAAUAAUGCCAGAUAUUAGUUAUUUAAAGUAUUAAGUUUGUUUUCUUUAAUAUUAGCUGUAUCAGAUUAUCCCCUAAGAACAUCAAUCAUCUUCUUGAUUGUAUGAUAUUGUUGUUAUCCAGGUUUGACCUAUAAAGAGUUCAGAUAAAUCCAGUAAAAGAUAAUUUAUUUCUCUUUCUGCAAAGCUGAUUUACAGAUUCUUUUUCAAUUCCUUGUGCUGUUAUUCAAAAAUAUAGAUUUGUGGAAAUUGUCAAGUUACUUGAAUGAAACUAAAGAACAUGUUUUGUUUUUUUGUCAAAAAUAAAUAAAACACCCAAACAGGUA